CGAGGGCCAUCCAAAGCGAGCCCUGAGGCUACGCACACUGGCCGCAGUGAAGAAGAGCAUCUCCGUCCCGUGCUUCGAAGCAGUUCAUGCAUUUGCUUGCCUAUCUCUUUGCUUCGCUCCGCUGCCACCAUCUCCCUUCUUCAGUGAUCAGCCCCGGCAGUAUCGAGACACAACGUCAUACCACGACGCUGCUCGCAUUUCAAGGCCGAAUCCGAGUUCAUGGCUCCAUGUCCGACAUUUGCUCAACAACCGAAAUGUACGCAAGGAUGACUGAGGUGGCUCCAAGCGCUCGUAACGUGCCUGUGAGCAACGACAUCUCGCCGCUGCUCACCUUGAGCUCAUCGAGCAAAAGGAACCUGAAGAGGUUUCAGAGCCUGUGCCAUCGGAAUUCUCGCGUCGUGAGAGAGUAAGGC